AUGAAGUUCCUUGCUCCCCUGGCGCUGAGCGCACCAUUAACCAUUCUCGCGGCCGUCAUCCCGCAGGAGCCUCUGGGCCCUUCAAUCGUCCAGAACACCCAGCAGCCCAAAUGGCUGAUUGAGCUGGCCCCCUACACCACCCGCUGGGUGACCGAAGAAGAGAAAUGGGCGCUGAAGCUCGACGGCGUCAACUUCCUCGACGUCACUGAUGAAUUCCAAUCCGGCCACUACGGCACGCUGCAUACCCAGCGUAUCGUUCACUACCCCGGCGAGAUGAUCCACCAGAAGGAAAUCGAGCCGCUGCUCAACAAUCUGUCCACGGACAACAUGAAGAAAAACCUUGAGCAUUUCACCUCCUACCACACCCGCUACUACAAGUCCUCGACUGGUAUCCAGUCUGCGGAAUGGCUUCUGGGCCAGGUCAGCGAUAUCCUGCAAGAAUCGGGCGCAGCCGCCCACGGCGCGACCGCUGAACGCUUCGAGCACUCCUGGGGCCAGUUCAGCAUCAUUGCGCGCAUCCCAGGCCAAUCGAACAACACGGUCGUGCUGGGCGCUCACCAGGACAGCAUCAAUCUGUUUCUGCCAUCGAUUCUGGCUGCGCCGGGCGCGGAUGACGACGGCAGUGGCACAGUGACUAUCCUUGAAUCUCUUCGGGCCCUGCUGCGGUCCGAGGCGAUCGCUUCGGGUGAGGCGCAGAACACCAUCGAGUUCCACUGGUACUCGGCCGAGGAGGGCGGUCUGCUGGGCUCUCAGGCUAUCUACUCUAAGUACAAGAAGGACCACCGGGACAUUAUGGCGAUGCUUCAGCAAGACAUGACUGGGUAUGUUCAGGGCACGCUGGAUGCGGGCCUGAAGGAGUCUGUGGGCGUCAUUGUGGACUAUGUUGAUCAGGGUCUUACCUCUUUCAUUAAGGAGGUCAUCACCACAUACUGUGACAUUCCUUACGUGGAAACCAAGUGCGGCUACGCCUGCUCCGACCACGCCUCAGCCAGCCGGUUUGGAUACCCAUCGGCUUUCGUGAUCGAGUCGCAGUUUGAGAACUCGGACAAGAAAAUCCACAGCACGGAUGACUUGAUCAAGUACCUCAGCUUCGAUCACAUGAAACAGCAUGCGAAGAUGAGCUUGGCGUUUGCAUACGAGCUUGCAUACGCCCCCUUCUAA